CGCCAUGUUAACGGUCAACAUUUGAAUGCAGCACUGCAAGACAUGAAAACGUGACCCAAAAAAAUACAAAGUUGACGGGCCAUACGGGGACACACUCCCACAGACACAGAUUGAAGAUUGAGGCCUCCUGCUGUUUCACAAGCUCUCAGCUGAAUUCCUGCACUAGAGGCGGCCUGCAUGCGACGGUCACAGAAGAAAGGUGGAAGGAGAGAAGAGCAGCUGCUUAUUGACUUACCGUCACCACAUCCUCCUUGGAGAUGGAGUCCACAGCCUGGAGGAAGGUUUCGGGAGCCUGGUAGGUUGCUGUCAUCAAAGCUUGAGUGCCUAUCUCCUCCAAAAGGCCCUCAGAGCACUCCAGGGACAUCAGGUAUUCAGACUUCACCUGAACCCUGAGUGAUGAGGUUUGGCAGAAGGGUGAGUCAUAUUUUGAGUUUAUUAUAUCAUUUUGAAAAACAAAUAAUUUUGGAGAUAAAAUUAGGUGAUUCUUUUUUUGGGUGGAGGAGCUUACUUGGCUCUGGCGACAUCAGCUUCCGAAACAUUCCCUUCCGCAACCCCUCGCACUUGAGCCACAGCUGCUUUGAUCACCUACACAAUGGUGAUGACACAGUAAGCUAACACACCAUAAACAUAACAGCAAAUACAGCUACACUCACCUCCCCUGCACAGUGAGCCUGAGAAAUAGCGUAGACACCAAAAAGGCCUGAGUCAGAGUACGACGAGUGGAAAGCAGACGCCUAAAAAAUAAUCAGAAAAGAUCAUGUAACACACACACAAUAGGAUUCAAAUAAUGUGUGUCAUUCAAUGCAUGAUAAUUCACAUAACUCACGCAUUAAACAGAAUAUUUAUUUCCAUAUAUCUUUCUGCUAAGCAUUGGAAACUGAAUACAGCUGUUUUGUUGUCGUAAGGUUGAGUUCAUUCAGAUGCAAGAUAACUCCUACUUACAUCGAACGGCUCGGCGGUAGCUUUGGCAAUACCCUGACUCAGUUUACUGGUGGUGUUCGCACCCCUCUUCACGUGAGGGCCAGCUCCCAGAAUUCUUUGCAGCACGCUGAAAGCGUUAGCCUCGGCGCUUCCCGACACCCCACCUUCGACAGCGAUCAGAGCGUGCACCAGGUCGUCGCUGUUCUGCAUCCGGAGCUCACCUGAGGAAGGCAUGGUGAGGCUCUGCUGACGCUUUUGUGAGUGUUGAUAUGGUAAAAGAUUUACCUCCACGGUACACCGCCUUAUCGGCACUGGCUCCAGGACCGGUGCGGACACUCAGGAGACUCUCACCCACCUGCCUCAAGGCAGCGUGGUCCACACCUGCAAGGAAAAAGCCAUAAGCAUCUUGCAGUGAGGAACAUCCUCAAAGAAUUCAAUCAGAAGUCUUAUCAGGCUGAGAGGUGAGAUGAAGCCAUGAGCCACUCACCGAGUCCAACUAGAGCCAUUCUGCCGGAAGUAAAAUUAUCCUGCACAAAUGACUCCAGCUACAAGUAGAGCACAAAGAGAAAGUGGGGUGUUACCAGCAAUAUCUCUAAAGGAGCAUCGCAGGAAUGUCAGGAGAAACGUACUUUUUCAGAGGAGAUGCGGCCGACCAUGUAAUCCGGGCAGUAGAGUGAGUUGGCAAGGCCAGUUUUAUAUGCUGCCUCAUGCAGCUUUUCAACUACACCUGAACACGUAAAACAUAUUCCAGACUCUUAAGAACAUCUGAUGAUGCACCACACAGAUUUAGAGAAAUUAACUACCAUUUUAUUUUAAUGGCACUUACCAAUCUGAGGACACUCCUUCGCAAGCGCCUUGUCAAUCUUCACCCUGGACACUAGAUCCUCAACCUCCCAGGGUCUGAACUCUUGAGCCGAGGUCACAUUGGCCAAAUAUCCCAAAAUCUCAGCUCUGAAUCGACACAACUUACUGAGUGAAGAUAAAGACUUUUUAUUCCUCACAGUUUUUACAGGACUUACAGAUUAUCCCUCAGACAGUCUGCAGUGUAGACCAUAGUUUCUCUUGAUGACGUCACACUGCAGGUGAACAAAAAAGUGGUGAAUCAAACUCAUGAUUUUUAUCAUGAUUAUAAAAAAGAUGGAGGUUUAAUGAGUCACAACUGACCUCAGACUCCCUCCAAGGGCUUCAAUCCCACGACAGAUCUUGAAGGCUGAUGCUCCUUUUGUUGUCUACAGGCGGGAUAAAAGAGUUCAUAUUCUCAACAAGGAUUUGAAAAAGAAUAGGGUGUUUGAUGAGUUAUCUAUAGCCCUGGAGGUACAUAACAGUAACUCGUAUUUUGUUAUUUUUCAAGUUUACAAUAAAAAUAAAAACACCACGAUCAAAUAUAAAAACAAGCAAAAGAACUAUUUUUACUCCUGUGACAAAUGUUUCAGACUUUUACCAGGUUUGCUGCCAGUCGAAGCACAUGAGAGACACCGUGGCUACCAGCUGUCUCAUAGCGACUCCCAGCUUUCACAAAAACACCAAUGCUAGAAACAGGAGAGUAGUUCUCCAGUGACGCCACAACCAGACCAUUUGGCAGCUUGGACACCUGAAGAAGCAAAUAGAAAGUUAAUUCAAAUAAAAACUGAACCUCAUAAAGGAUUCAUUUUAAGUAGUCACCUGGACAUUUUGAGGAGGGAGCGGCACAGGCAAGGGCGCUUUGCUUCCGGCCAAAGGCUGAGUCAGUGUGUUACUCCUCCGGGCAGCUGCAUAGCAGCGUUUCUAAAAUUAAAUUUAAAAUAAAUGUAAGAUGAAACAAAGCACCAGAUAAAUAGCGUGGCAUCAUAGCGUGUGAAGCAAGAUCUAAUAGGACAAGGUGAAAUGGGUUUGAUGCUGUAGGUGUUUAGUAUUAACUAAUGGUUUGCACCUAACAAAAACAUGGUUCACACUGCAAGCACUUUGAGCAAUCUCAAAAACAUUAAAGUAAAACUAAUAUGGAUAUGAUUGACAACCCUAAGUUAAGUUGUAUUGUAGAGGGAACUGUUUAAGGUUUCCUGAAAUGUGUUUCUAGUAAUAAAAACACAGACGUGCGAGUGCCAGGUGACAGUAACCUGAUGACCUGAAAUAACCUGAGCUUCAUGUAAACGUCAUUCAGCUCGGUCACUCACACGUACUGGGAGAGACAGACGCAGCGUUUUGACCACAACAGUAUUGAAUCAGAUUUCCCUUCGCGUCUAUAAUAAUUCCUGUAAGAUGACCUUCAGGUUGCCUCCACGACAGGUGAGGAUCACAUCAACCCAGUCAUACAUUGUUGUCGUGAAUGCUACGAGCAUUACACAUCACACGUUUAGGUUGAAGUCUGAUAUUUUAACUGUGGAAUCACUGGUUGUUUAACUUGACUCGACUUGGCGAUCAAUAAGUUAGCCACAUAGCAUGCUAACGUGCUCUUGACCUACGAUACUAGCUGUCAAAACUUCCUUCGGAACGACGACGAACAAUUUACAAUCUUAAACAGAAUAAACGUGACACGGAGGGAGGAAUGCCAGAACUCACGGAGAGAUUGUUUAGAGCCUGGAUUCGUCGCAUGACUCCCGACUCUCUCCUUCAGCCGGUGUGAGACAGAUAUGGCGGCCUAUCAACGUCUUACCCACAAUGCAGCACGGCGUGUUGCCCGUCAAAGAUGAUAGGAAACAGCAAGAUAAUACUUCAAUUCUUCUUCAAACUUACGAUAAGUAUUGAAUAAAAAAUCAAUUCAAGCGUCAAUUUAAAAUCCAUAAUUGCUCUUUUUGUAAACCCGUUUUGUAGCCUGCCGCAAAAAAAGUAGAUUAGGCUGUGUAUGAAUAAAUGUUUUAUCAUAAAAAAUGUGAUGGAAAACCAUGAAACUCACACCAGCUCGACAUAAGACAGGACUCAUUCUUUAUUAGAAACCAGCUCCAGUUAAACUUACAUUUCAUUAAACACAUACAAAAAUAUAAACACAUAACAAAUGCACUUAAAAACAUCUUUUGACAAAACAGUUAAAAUAGCCAUCAUUUCACAGUUAAAUCCAAAUUCAUUUUGUUUUCCUCCCACAGAGAUUUCAAAAAUAUUGUCAGCGUUACCAACUACACCCAAAAUGUGUCUUAUAACAAUACAAAAAUACACUCCAGGAAGUGUUGAAGAUGUCGCCAACUUAUGGGUAAGCAACAUUAUAAACCAGGCUAAAAAAAAGCAAAGUGAUGCCAAAAACAACAGGAAACGCAACACUUAUAGUGUAACAGUGUUGACAGCACUACACAGCACUGAGUCUAAUGCAGGCUUCACAGAGUAGUCAGUGGGACAUCCUGACAGGUCUCCAAGGAUGUGCAAAUAACCACGAAAGACCACACACUGGAGAUGAUUAUGUUUCGUACGGUGUUUCUAGGUAAAUGUCUUUUCUCAGCGGCAGAGAGACGCAGCUCAACCAGCUCCGACUGGUGGGCAUCUCGCCCACGAUCUCCCACGUGUCAGUUUCAUCACAAUACCGUUCAAUAGUAUCAUGAUACCUGUAAAAAAAAAACAAAAAAAAACUUUUUUUUCUCUAAACAAACAAUACCAGUACAUGACACACCGAUUUAUCAAAAAAAUAAGUGAAAGAAUAAUGAAUCUGUUUUCAUCCUGCAAUGCUUGUGAAAUGGGAUUUCAUAACUCUUCAAAAACUCCUCACCUGUCCCACCCUUCUUCUCCUCCCAGGACAUAUAUCUUUCCAUCCACCACUGUAACACCAGGCCGGUACCGUCUCUCUUUCAUGGGUGCGCACAUAGUCCACUGGUUUGUCUUGGGAUCAUAACAUUCCACCUUAUCUGUGUUUUCUGUUGAGGCGUGCCAUCCACCUAAAAAAAAAAAAAUAGGUGAUCUGCUCCACUUCCAGAAAGAUCUGCAUUCCAUACCUAUUACAUAGAUCUUCCCUUUCAACGUGCAUGCGGCGGAGCCAGAGCGAGCGAUCUGCAUUGGAGACACUUCAGUCCAUACUGAGGUUUUAGGAUUGUAGACCUGAGCUAGGUCUGUGCCGUCACCAUCCUCCAGAACAGCACCGCCUUUGCCAACAUCAAAGUGUAAGACCAUGGCAGCCUCACUUGUGCGACAACAGUGAACAUGAAACCUCACCCGUAACAUAAAGCAGUCCGUCCAGCGCUACGACGGCAGGGCUUGUGACGGCCAUCUUGUAACACUCUGUGAACUGCCAAGUGUUGGUGUGAGGGUUGUAGCACUCUACAGAGUCCAGCCGAGAGCGACCCUCCCACCCGCCUACUGCAUACACGAAACCAUCCAGCAUGACGAGACCUGCCAGAAAUGAGUGACAAAAAGAGCAAGACCAGAUUUGCUGUCACUUCAGUCUGACCUUUCCAGUGGCAACAAACAACGCAGUGACAAACAUACCCAGCUCAGAGCGUGCAACAUUCAUAGGUGCCAUUUCCAACCAUGAGUCGAAACAGGGAUAAUAGCGCCACAUCUCCCUGCUGGCUGAGCCGUCAGGAAACUCUCCGCCUGCCAGAUAAAUAGUUGAAUCUGCAGAGAGACAGUCAAGUCGUCCUCAAACUGCUACCUUUGUCUUCCAAUUAUAUAUAUUUUUUUCUCCCGACUCACCGGACACAACCAUCCCAUGCUUGCUGACAGCAAACGGCAGACAGGACAGAUUCUUCCACUUGUUUGUCACCGGAUCAAAGCUUUCUACGCUGCGAAGUACCACCUUGUCAUCUUCCCCGCCGACCGUCACGAUCACUUCUGCGGUUCCUGUUUCCAUGGCAACAGAAGAAUCAAAGAUUUGGGAUAACUGGAAUGCUACACAAAUUGAUAUUAGUGAAAGGAAAAGGGGGGAAAUAUAAAUCAAAUUCCUUCUACAAGGUGAUCUAUUGAUGAGAUCUGAAGAACUGUAAGCUAGAACCAUUUUGACAAAAUGAAAACGCACCGGUAGACCUCCGCGGCCGUGCCCUGGCGGAGUAGAGUUCUCCACGACGGUCCUUUAGCAGCAAGUAGUCCUUGGCUUCUGUAAUGAGCAAUUGGCAGCUCUGGCUUUCUUUCACCACAUCCUGAGACUCGAUCACAUCGUGGAGGUAGUAGGGGCUUAUCAGAGGUAGACGUAUGUGCUCAAGGACCUGAAGAGCAGUUAGAGGGUUUAGUGACUCAUCACUUUGCAAUCCUUUUUUGAUAGCAACAAACAUAUGUGGCAAACAAACGUGACCCAAAACAGUCAUUUUCAGUCCAAUUAUUUCUGUAUUUUAGGCAAUAACAAGACCAUAAUGUCUAAAUGAUAGGUUCAAGUGGUUACAAGGGUGUUCAUGCCUGAAAAAAAAAAAAGCAUCUUCUGUCUAUGAACACAUCACUGCGUCAGUGAUGGAAUGUUAUCCUGAUUUAUGGGCAUCUUUAACACCAACAGCUGCUGAGAUUAAGUUUCUUAACACAUGACUUCUAACCCUUGGAGUGGCACACUGGUGGUAUAAAUGAAACAGCAACAUUCAAAUUUAGCCGGACCUUUUCGAAGCACUGCUUGCGUGUUGGGCAUUUAUUCAGCCACAACAAGGCGGCCUCAAACACCAACUCCUCUUUAGUCACAUUGAGAUGGUCGCUGGCCAGGAUUUCGGUCAGUUUGUCCACACACAGAGAGAGAAACUCCUCCUGCAGGACAAGAUAGAAGGUUAGCCAACGGUGCUCAUAGAACUCCUUACGUCCGGCGAGAUAAUCACGUUGUAGUUGUUGAUUCAGCUGUUGACUGGCAGAAUAGAUUAUCUAACUAAGCCCCUUUCACACAUGGAGCCACCACGCUGCCCGGCUCGUGAUCCUGACUGUGCCAACGCUGCCCAGACUAUGGUUCCAAGUUGAGCUUUUACAACUACAGGAGGUUCACAACAACAAACUGAUGAAUCAAUCGAUUCAUUAUCAUGGGUGUCAGCUAUCAUUUAAAUUAAAAACAAAAGCAAAAAAAAUGUAUACAUAUAAAUGUACUAAAAUAGAAACAAAUCUUUCAUAUAUGACAAAUUUUUAAACUUUACUUUCUCCUUUUUUAGCAGUGUCUUUGCAGUUAAAGCUGCUAAUCCUAUCACUACUUUAACAUUUACCAACAUGAGAUCCAGUUUAUGCUACACAACUGAAUGAUUUCAGCUUUUAAAUACUCACCUGCUGACACACAGUGCUGAAGUUUUCCAGGAUGUAGUCCAUGCUUCGCUUCUCCAGGACCUUGCAAGAGUGAGCUUCAGCGAAGCAGUGAAUCCCCACACAGUUUGUUUCAUCCAUCUGACGCUCCAUAAAACGGCAACAAGCUUCUCGCACAGCCAUGACAUCGAGCAGAUUAGCAGCAGCCAGCAGAGCCUAGACCGAAGAGACGUCGGAGUGAAUACAAUGAUAACAUUUGUGAGAUGAUCAAGAGCAAAAUAUGAUGAACACAGUACCUGCACAUUUGCCUUGGAUAUGUAGACCUCUGACGUGUAUGCGUAGCUCACAAGCUUGCCGACCAUCUGAGGUUCCACUCCAUUUAUGGCAACACGCUCCUGACUUGAUUCAAUCAGGUUGCUGGAAAACAUUGCCUGUGCAUGCACGAACAUGAAAACACAAAAUUCAGUUAUGAGUAUUUUAGCUGAGUCAACAGUAUCGGCAAAAACAGCUCAAUGUUAUUGUUUUCCUUUGGAGUGGAGGAUACAAACUAAUAUGCCAGGAACUGGAAAAACUAGUUAUUUGUUUCACUUUCCAAACAAAGUUAAGACUAGGAGGAUAGUUUAAGUGAGACAACUUUGUGACUAUGUACUCUAUAACUAUCACUCUACAAUUCUAAAUUGAAUAAUUAAAUAGUUGACGAGAUCACAAGACACUUUGCUCAGUUAAUGCCUUAUUUUCUGGAGUUUGAGCUACAUGUUUUUGUCUCUCGCCACAUAAAGCAUCACCAGUAGGUUCUGACAGUUGUUUACCUGGAAGUAGGAACUGAAGGAGGCCAACACUAUUCGAUGACAGGGGAACUCCUGCCCACCACAACACAGUGUUACAUCACAGAAGGCUUUGUUGAGUCGAAGGCUGUUGAGACCCUGCAGGACGGUGUUCGGGUGUUUGGACUCAACAAAAAGGUAGUCUUCGGCGCUCCCCGCGGUGGGAGCAGCGGUGACAGUGGCGCUGGUUUCUUCCUGGCCCGAGAAGUUCACAUCCAGGGCGGGCGGUGAAGGUAAACCGGUGCCGACCGCAAGGUUGUUAGCCAUUUCUACCUCCGCUGGUCAACACUGCAACAUCCGCCAAUCGUCGUUAGUUCAAUGUUCUUUUCAGCGGAGAAUGGAAAGUUGAUAAAUGUUGCAACAGGUGGUCUCCAUUUGCUCACUAAUGAGGCUUAGCGAGCGCGGGCAAGGAGCGAGAGAACCACCGGUUGAUAGAGGAAUCAUGAUGUAGGGAUAAAUGUUCCUUACGCAGAAUAUGAACGAUACGCAGACGUGUAAUGUUCAACACGUCGCAGUUACCUACCUGUUAGACAUAGUCCAAAACAAUUGGAGAAAACGCCACCAACAGAUUUCAGCCGUCGAACUUCUUCUUUUGAUAGUAAUCGAAUGUGGUUGGCCGUUGAAUUGGCAUUACCGCCAUCUACCGGCCUGAGUAGGUACUCCUGCCUUCGGAACUCAGAAAUGCGUUAUUCCCAAGACACACAAUAAUUGUUUUCAUUUAAUGAUAUUUAUUUGAAUAGGCAGUGUCAUUCCCCAGGAUGUGUUCAAUGCAAAAUGUUCGUGAAAUUUACGCGCCCACAAAGGGCGUUUGCUGUUAAGUACUUAUGAUAAUUGUAUUCAACCAAGACGUAACAAAGAAAUGUUUAUUAUUAUUUUAUUAUAUUAGUAUUUAUUAUAUUAUUAUUAUUUGUUUAUUAUUAUUAUUAUCAUCAUUAUUAUUAUUAUAGUUUAGAUGUAAUGAAUUCGCUACAAAAUUUAUUAUAGAUAUGUUUAUGUGAGCUGUUGAUUUAUCCCUAUGGUUAUAAAAUGGAAACAAACUUCAAAUUUAAAAAAGAAAUUACAAGAACAAUGGUAUUAGUUGGUUAUUAUUAUUAGUUAUUGUUGUUAACUCUUAAGUUACACGGCCAUCAGACCUUGACAGAAAAUUCUACCUUUAAAAAUGACUUAUUUCGAGAAUAUUGAUCAUUGUCAGUUAUUUUUGGGAAAAAUACAAUAGAACGAAUAAUUAAUUGAAAAAAGUUUAAUCGAAAAUGCUCUUUAUUUGUUACAUGUUUUGUAAGUGUAUAAUACAUUAUAAAUUGUUUUUCAUAUUACAUUAUUUAAUGUUGUAUUCUAACAUUUACAAGAUUCAACAUACACAAUAGUACAGAUACAAAAUAUUCAUUAUUUCCUUUAUUAAAUAAGUGAUUUUCCUGAUUAAUUUUGAAAAUAAUUAAUGUCAUAUUGCCUCAGACUAGUGCUCCACACCCACCAUGUAUGGGUGUCUGAAGCUAUGCUGUGGGGAAGCUUUCAUGAAUUAUGAGCUCACUUGCAAUUCCUUGCGUAAAAUAAAAGGAUCAAGAAUAAUAAACCAGUUCAGAUUACAAGCAGCUUUCUUUCAUGGCACCCGGGUUUCCCAGUGCAUUUUUCCUCCGUCCAGCAGCAUCCAGAAUCUUCUUUCGAGGUCCCAGCUGGAUCUGAAUUCCCUUCAGGUCUUCAUCCGAGCAAAGCAUGAGAGCUUCCAGGUCCAGGUGCUCUCUAUUGAAUGCAAAAGAAUAUUCAGGGCAAGUUGCUGUUUCCAUCCAAGCCGUCUUCAUCCACCUCCUCCACCGUGCUGCGGACAACGUAGCCAAGACUCUCAUUUUCCCCUCGAGGGAGGUCCUCUGAUGACUCCAGCCUCAUCUUGUUCAUGAAAACCAAACCUCCUAGACCAGAUGAGCUGAAGCGCUUCGACGUGUCCAUAGAAGGCGGCCAGUAAAGUGGGAGUCAUGCCAUCCUCGUCCGCCCGCUCCGUACCAGCGAUCUGACACCGGGAGAAGCUCGAGAGAUGUCCGGGGACGGCGCUUCGACUGUCGGCCUUCUGUCCUAUGAGACACUGGUGCAUGCGAUGGCAGGUGCAAUGGGCAGCGUGACGGCUAUGACCGCAUUCUUCCCUCUGGACACCGCGAAGAGCAGACUGCAGGUCGAUGAGAGCCGUAAAUCAAAAUCCACUCCCGUCAUCUUGGCAGAGAUUGUGCAAGAAGAAGGAUUGCUGUCUCUCUACCGAGGCUGGUUUCCAGUCAUCUCCAGCCUCUGCUGUUCCAACUUUGUCUACUUUUACACCUUCAACUCUCUAAAGAGACUGACAGCAUCUGGGCCCAAGGAGUCUAGACUCGGAAAAGACCUGUUGAUGGGAAUUGUCUCAGGAGCUGUGAACGUCAUCCUGACCACGCCCAUGUGGGUGGUCAACACCAGGUUGAAGCUGCAAGGUGUGAAAUUCAGGAAUGAAGACCUUCAUCAGACGCAGUACAAAGGAAUCUUUGAUGCUUUCAGACAGAUCAUAGCCAGCGAGGGGGUUGCGACCUUGUGGAAUGGGACGCUUCCGUCACUGAUCCUGGUCCUCAAUCCUGCCGUUCAGUUCAUGAUCUACGAGGCCAUGAAGAGGAGGGCAGGGAGUGGUGGAAAGAAGAUAUCGUCCGCUGAGAUCUUUCUAAUCGGAGCCAUUGCCAAGGCCAUCGCCACGACAGCCACCUAUCCUCUGCAGACAGUGCAGGCCAUUCUCAGGUUUGGACAAUACAAGGUUGAUGGCAAAGGCGGUGUCAUGGGAAGCAUCUACAACGUUUUCUCUUUGCUGAUGGACAGAAUCAAGAAACACGGUGCUGCCGGACUGUACAAAGGACUGGAAGCCAAGUUGCUCCAGACAGUGCUGACCGCAGCACUCAUGUUCGUCGUCUACGAGAAGAUCACCGCAGCUACCUUCAAGGUGAUGGGUCUCAACCAGAAAGUGAAACUGUGAAGCUGCAGCCUUGUGUCUUUGGGUUUAAAAAAGGUCAAUCGAUUAGUCGUUACAAGAGGUGAGCGCCCGCCGUUACAUGGAUUAAAAGAUCUUUUGCAGCGGAGUGUGGGUUUGUGCAGAUGGAUUAAUACGACCCAGAUUGAUGAUAAAAAUAGAAAUGACUAAUCUCUUUCGAUUCUUAAGUCUUUCUACCUCACAGACUGGAGCUUCUUUUCAUACUGUAGACUCACUUGAGCAGUGGGAACAUAAACACAUGACCAAUGGAGUGCCUUGCUCACUCAUUCAUUUUAGAAUCUAGCCUUAACUUUAUCAUUCCACCAAUGAUCAUCACGUGACUAUAGCAAGGGGAGGGGCAUUUUCUCCUUCACAAUGACUAAGAUAAAAUAUACUUUUUUUCUACUGUGAGAGAGAGCACGUGCUACAUUCAAGGGGUAAUAUUUAUGCAAAAACAAAAUAUAAAGUAAAAGAUUGACUCUUAUAAAAGAGUAGUGUCAGAACAGCCUCAGAGUUUACCGUGGGUUAGGGUUAGAGUGCAAAUCGAAAUCAAAUUUUAAUAUAUUUGUUGUGCUCAAUUAUUGAAUCAAUUGUGUAUUUGGGCCCCAAGUAUAUUUAUUGUACCGUAAAAUACCUAGAUAUCUGGAUGCACAGGGGUGAAUCAGUGAGCAUGUCUUUGGUCUUAUUUGCCUUGAGAGAUUUUUUUUAAGCAUCCAUUUUUUUGAAUGAAAAAUAAAAGAUAAAAUAAUAAUAGUAAUAUAUAUUAACAGACAAAAAAGAAGAAAUUAUGUGAAUAAAUAAAUAGAAAACCACUGUGACCAGGGAGAGAAUUGAAUUAGCUGCGAUGCUAAGGAGUUUGGACCAGUGUUACUUGACUACAUGGAAUUGAAGCAUAACUGUUGCACUUCUGCUGUAAAAGUUUACUACAAGUUCUAUGCAGCUUCAUCACCUGUAAACUUACCUGAAUAAUGAUUCAGUUUAUAGAACUGCUGUUGUCAUUACACUGAUGACCAAAACAUUUGUUUGUCUUCUAAUUUAAAUAAACAAGUUGUUCAAACAAAAGGUACAAAAAUAACUCAAUAAAAAUCCAAAUUUUCCAAGAUGCCUUUUCAGUGUCUGCGUUUUUUUUAUUGGGGAGGAAUUUAAAACGGAACUCGAUCAGCAUCAGUGACAUGGACAACAGGUUAUCUCUCAGCGUUUUAAUGAUCCAUAUGCAUGUAGAAAUUUAAAUUUCAAAAUCUGUCAAGUGAGAGAAUUAGUAACCAAAUGUGCAUUGUAUGCAUAAAAUCAAAUGCUGUUUAAAAAACUGUCCGAAAUAUUUCAAAAAUAUAAUACAAUAGCACACAGUUAAAGGUAAAACAAGUCAAAGGAUUUUACAGGUGAAGAAACCUGAAGCAUGAAUCACAUUUGAUAACUGCAUUAUGAUUAUGACGAUUAUCCCAUACAAGCAUUGUAAUACCUUCUGUAUCUCAAUUCUACAAUGCAUAACCAUGCUUGAGCACUGAAGUGACGCAGAUAACAUGCUACAUUUUCAGAUUAUAAAAGGUGGCAGAGAUUAAUAUGUAAACAACAUGAAAAUAAGGAUUCAAACGUGGGUUGAUCCAUCAGCAACAACAAUGAAAUGAUUAAAAAAUGUAAAAGAGAGGUGAUCAUGAUGAAUACA